AUGAGGAGUUUGGCGCUUCUGCUGGGUGUGAAAGCCGCAUGCAUCCUCCUGGUGUCGUCGCUCUCUGGCACCGGGGCCGUCAACAACAGUGGCCGCUGGUGGGGAGUUGUCAACGUGGCCUCCUCAUCCAACCUUCUUACCAAUUCCAAGAAUGUGCAAUUGGUCCUGGACCCGAGCCUGGCCCUGUUGAGUCGACGCCAGCGUCGGCUGAUUCGGCAGAAUCCUGGCAUCUUGCACGCCAUCACUGCUGGACUGCACACGGCCAUAAAGGAGUGCAAGUGGCAGUUCCGCAACCGCCGCUGGAACUGCCCGACCACCCACAGCCCGGCCGUAUUUGGCAAAAUUGUCAACCGUGGCUGCAGGGAGACAGCCUUUGUGUUUGCCAUCACCAGCGCAGGCGUGACCCACGCGGUGGCUCGCUCCUGCUCAGAAGGUGCCAUAGAAUCGUGCACUUGCGAUUACCGCCGCAGAGGUUUAGGGGGCCCCGACUGGCACUGGGGAGGCUGCAGCGACAAUGUGGACUUUGGGAGGGUUUUUAGCCGUGAGUUUGUGGAUUCCAGCGAGAGAGGACGAGAUCUGCGCUACCUCACCAAUGUGCACAAUAACGAGGCGGGAAGAAUGAUGGUGUCCUCAGAGAUGCGUCAGGAGUGCAAGUGUCACGGCAUGUCAGGCUCCUGCACCGUCCGCACUUGUUGGAUGCGCCUUCCAAGCUUCCGCACCAUCGGGGACUUCCUAAAGGACCGCUUCGAUGGCGCAUCCCGAGUCGUUUACGCAAACAAGGGUAGCAACCGUGCCUCGCACCGAGCAGACCCUCGCCACUUGGAACCGGAAAACCCUGCUCAUAAACCCCCUUCCGCUAUGGACUUGGUCUACUUUGAGAAAUCACCAAACUUCUGCUCCUACAAUGGCAAAACUGGCACUGUGGGAACUUCUGGUAGAGCGUGCAACAGCUCUUCUCCAGGUCUUGAUGGAUGCGAGCUGCUCUGCUGCGGGCGCGGGUUUAAGACCCAGGCCGAGAGCAUCACGGAGCGGUGCAACUGUACAUUCCACUGGUGCUGUCAUGUCAGCUGUUUGAACUGCACCAGUACUCGAACGUUACAUCAGUGUCUAUGAUUACAGUAUGGCAAAGGAUACAGAAAGGAGGGUUAUUUAGACAAAUAAAUGUCAGAACUUCUUAGGAAUGAAAUAGCUGACAAAGAAAGUCAAAAAUAUACAGGUGGUUGCUAUCAAAUAGAAGCUGGAAAAGCUUAAACUGGCAGGGAAAUGUAUCACCAAAAAGUCAAUCAGUAAAGAAAUGCACAAAUAUAAAAACAGGGUAUAUAAGGAGUAGAUGCUAGCUCCUUUUCUUUAAUGCUCAAAGGUAUAAAGUCAAAGUUAAAGUACCAAUGAUUGUCACACACACACUAGGUGUGGUGAAAUUUGUCCUCUGCAUUUGACCGAUCCCCUUGAUCACCCCCUGGGAGGUGAGGGGAGCAGUGGAGAGGAGUGGGCAGCAGCGGUGCCGCGCCCGGGAAUCAUUUUUGGUGAUUUAACCCCCUAUUCCAACCCUUGAUGCUGAGUGCCAAGCAGGGAGGUAAUGGGUCCCAUUUUUAUAUUCUUUGGUAUGACUCGGCCGGGGUUUGAACUCACAACCUACCGAUCUCAGGGCGGACACUCUAACCACUAGGCCAUUGAAUUUAGAAGAGGUGACGUGAGACAAACAGCCUCUCUAUAUUGUUGGACAUGCACGGUAUUCUCAAAAAGUGUUUUACAAUUUAUUAUUUGUUUUACAAAGGUUUGACUUAUUUUACUUAAAUCUCUGAACGUGGGCCCAGCUUUAAAUGUCCCCACCACGUUGCGAUUUUCUCUUCAGAUUUCAUAUGUAGCUGCACCUUCACCUCAACUGCAAUAUGCUCCUUUGACUCACCACAACACAGUCCAGAUGCUAAAUGACAGGGACUGCUACCCGCCAAGGAAAACCUAAACUGACCAACUCUUUCGAGGGACAUGGACAUGAAUGUAUUAUCUAAACAGUACCGACUAUAAUGCAAUAGUAUAGAUGUGAUUAGGCCUACAUAAUUAUCCCAUAAUCUGCAUAAUCUAACUCUGAGGUAUGCAAUGAAAGAGAUACACACUUGAUUAAAACAAACAUUUCAUACUGUGCAUCAGCUAAGAGAACCAAAACGCUGUAAAUAUAAAAAUAUAUGAAUAUAU